AUGCCUUCAGAAGAACCCAAUCGCUGCCAUGUUGUGGCAUUGCCUUAUCCUGGUCGAGGCCACGUUAAUCCAAUGAUGAAUCUUGGCAAGUUCAUAACUAGGAAGAGACAUAAUAUUCUCAUAACAUUUGUUGUUACAGAAGAGUGGCUAGGCUUCAUUAGCUCUGAUACUAAGCAUAGUAAUUUUCGCCUUGCCUUGAUACCAAAUGUGAUCCCAUCAGAACUUGUUCGAGCUGAUGACUUUCCAGGAUUCAUUCAGGCUGUCAUGACAAAGAUGACAGCCCCCUUUGAAGAAUUACUUGACCGCCUUGAGCUGCCAGUGACCACCAUAAUAACGGACGCAGAGCUAGUAUGGGCUAUACAUGCAGGAAACUACAGGAAUAUCCCUGUGGCCGCACUGAGGAUCUCACCGGCAACAGUGUUUUCAAUGUUGUGUCACUUGGAUCUGUUUAAACAAAAUGGCCAUUUUCCAGUUGACUUAUCAGAGCAAGGACACGAGCUUGUGGACUACAUCCCUGGAAUUCCUCCAAUACGUGUGGCAGAUCUCCCGACAGUUUUCAGUGGAGACAGUCCAACUUUCUUGCGAGGGCUCCUGGAAACCUUGUCAAGUUUAACCACAGCACACUAUCUUCUGAUCAAUUCUGUCUAUGAGCUUGAAGCUCCAGUCUUUUGA